CCCAAACGGCGAUUUGAACCAGUAGGCAUUAGCAGCUUCCCUUUACCGUAGUACCGGGGUACCGGCGACCUAGGUACAUGUUCGCCCAAACCGCAGUACCUAGCAUCUUCAAUCGCAAUCCAGAAAACCACACAAAACUCUCCACCUUUUCUCUUCUCUUCCAUUAAAACAUCUUUUUUUCUUCUUCACUUCCCUAGAAGAUCCAAUUCCCUUUUAAACUUUCUGUUCCUAGAGGCAUUUUGCGACCCUCUUGAAAACCUCCCUUCCCACUUCUAUCCUAAAAUUUAAGAUUGAACCAGUUUGUUUUCCCUGGUUUUGAACCCCUCACAGCUACCCUCGGGACCGCGGUUGUCACGAUGUUGGCCACUCGACAGGUCCUGGGCAAUGUUGCCCGCUCGCGGGUCAUGACCAACAUGAACCUGCGCAGGUGCAUGGCUACUGUUACAGAUUCCCCUCUGGACAGAAAGGUCAAGCAAAAUAACUGGGAAGAAGGCAACUUCAUCAACUACAAGAAGAUGUCUGAGAACCUAGCGAUUGUCCGCAGCCGUCUCAACCGCCCCCUAACCUACGCCGAGAAGAUCCUAUACUCUCACCUUGACGACCCGCAUGGACAGGAAAUCGAGCGAGGUGUCUCCUACCUAAGGCUGCGACCCGAUCGAGUCGCCUGCCAGGAUGCUACCGCUCAGAUGGCCAUCCUGCAGUUCAUGUCUGCCGGUAUGCCUUCCGUGGCCAACCCGACGACAGUACACUGUGAUCACUUGAUUGAGGCUCAAAUCGGUGGGGCUAAGGAUCUCGAGCGAGCUAUCAACAUCAACAAAGAGGUUUACGACUUCCUAUCUUCCGCUUGCGCCAAAUACAACAUUGGUUUCUGGCGGCCCGGCUCCGGUAUCAUCCACCAAAUCCUUCUCGAGAAUUACGCUUUCCCUGGUGGUCUGCUGAUCGGUACUGACUCCCACACGCCCAACGCGGGUGGUCUCGGCAUGUGCGCUAUCGGUGUCGGUGGUGCUGAUGCCGUCGAUGUCAUGGCUAACCUCCCCUGGGAAUUGAAGGCGCCAAAGGUCAUUGGUGUCAAGCUUACUGGUGAAUUGAGCGGCUGGACGGCACCCAAAGAUAUCAUCUUGAAGGUCGCCGGCAUCCUGACCGUGAAAGGCGGUACGGGCGCCAUCGUCGAGUACCACGGCCCAGGCCUAAACGGCAUCUCAGCUACAGGCCUUGGGAGCAUUAGCAAUAUGGGAGCUGAGAUCGGUGCGACGACAUCUGUUUUCCCCUUCAACGACCGCAUGUACGACUACCUGAAGGCUACUAAGCGACAAGAUAUUGGUGAAUUUGCACGCGAGUACGCCAAAGAACUUCAACCAGACGAGGGCGCCGAGUACGAUCAACUCAUCGAGCUUAACCUCUCUGAGCUCGAACCCCAUAUUAACGGCCCCUUCACUCCCGAUCUAGCCACUCCCAUCUCCAAAUUCAAGGAGGCUGUGGAAGCUAAUAAGUGGCCUGAAGAGUUAAAGGUGGGCUUGAUUGGAUCCUGCACAAAUUCCUCAUAUGAGGAUAUGUCCCGAGCCGCUUCAAUUGCCCGGGACGCUCUUGACCACGGCUUGAAGGCUAAGUCUGCGUUCGUUGUUACUCCCGGUUCCGAGCAGAUUCGUGCUACCAUCGCACGUGAUGGCCAGCUCCAGACAUUUGAGGAAUUUGGUGGUGUAGUGUUGGCUAAUGCUUGUGGCCCCUGCAUUGGACAAUGGGACCGACAAGACGUCAAGAAGGGCGAGGCCAACUCUAUUCUCUCCUCCUACAACCGUAAUUUCACUGGCCGAAACGACGGUAACCCUGCGACCCACUCCUUCGUCACUUCCCCCGAUCUAGUCGUUGCCUUGUCUAUCGCCGGUACCCUACGCUUCAACCCCUUAACCGACACACUCAAGGACAAGGAUGGUAAUGAUUUCAAGCUCGCUCCUCCUACCGGCGAUGGUCUCCCUUCUAGGGGCUACGACCCUGGCAACAACACCUACCAGGCUCCUCCUGCCGACCGUGCCUCGGUCAACGUCCAGGUUUCGCCUUCCUCUGACCGUCUCCAAGUUCUGCAGCCAUUCCAGCCCUGGGAUGGUAAAGAUGCUUUGGACAUGCCCAUCCUGAUUAAGGCGCAAGGAAAGACUACCACUGACCACAUUUCUAUGGCUGGCCCGUGGCUUAAAUACCGUGGUCACUUGGACAACAUCUCUAACAACAUGUUGAUUGGUGCCAUCAACGAGGCCAACGGUGAGGCUAACAAGGUCAAGAACUCGACCAAUGACGAGUGGGACGCUGUCCCAGCUGUCGCCCGUGACUACAAGGCUAAGGGAAUUAAGUGGGUUGUCAUUGGUGACUGGAACUACGGAGAGGGUAGCUCUCGAGAGCACGCUGCUCUAGAGCCCCGUCAUCUUGGUGGUCUUGCCAUCAUUACCCGAAGUUUCGCCCGUAUCCACGAGACCAACUUGAAGAAGCAGGGUAUGCUUCCUCUGACAUUUGCAGACCCUGCCGACUAUGACAAGAUUAAGCCUGAUGACAGGAUUGAUCUUCUCUGCACAGAAUUGGCUGUCGGCAAGCCUUUGACAAUGCGGGUACACCCCAAGGACGGCAAGACAUUUGAUGUCAAGCUCAACCAAACAUUCAACGAAGCACAAAUUGAGUGGUUUAAGAACGGAAGCGCGCUUAACACGAUGGCUAAGGCACACGCGAAAUGAAAUACCCUCGAGAUGAAACAGUAGACGAGACAAAUACUAUAGGGGAGAAGCACGCAGGCGCAUUGUGGGGAGGCAUGCUAGAAUUAAGGAACAUGAGGUGUAUAAGGUCUUGGGUUACGGCUGUCAUGUUUUAUGGGACGAUUAUACUUCUUACCCGCCGUGACGAUAAGUUAGCCGUUUCUAGAACCUUUUUCUACUUUGUACAAAAUGAACCAAUACGAAUACUUCAAAACUAAAACCACGAAGUGCCUAUGUAUACAUGUUAUGCUCCAUAUCAUAUAGACAUGGGGACUAUGAAGGGGCAUAUUCGACGAUGCCGGGCGAAGGGUAUACACUAUGCUAUGGCAUUUAUACGUUGUACUUUGGCAUUCCAGCGAUGCUCCAAAACUAUACUAUAUUGUUCCAAUACCAUAAUGCCCCAAUACUAUAAUGCUCCAAAAUGCUUCAACACUAUUUUAUAUUGUCCCAAUACUAUAAUGCCUCAACAAUACUUCUAUACUAUAUCAUCUUGCUCCC